GUUUCUCAUAUAUGCGGAUGAAGUAUCUCUUCAUCUCUUGGUUAGUAGUAUUUAUUGGCAGCUGGGUUAUGUAUGUUCAGUACUCCACCUACACAGAAUUAUGCAGAGGACAUGACUGUAGGAAAAUAAUAUGUGAUAAAUACAAGACUGGAGUUAUUGAUGGGUCAGCAUGUAGCAGUCUUUGUGCUAAAGAAACAUUGUAUUUUGGAAAAUGCUUGUCAACAAAGCCCAAUAACCAGAUGUAUUUAGGAAUCUGGGGAAAUCUGCAAGGUGUUAUAAAAUGCCAGAUGGAAGAAGCUGCUCAACUUGAUUUUGGUACUGACCCAGAACCAAGGAAGGAAAUAGUCCUAUUUGAUAAACCCACAAGAGGAACCACUGUUGAGAAAUUCAAAGAAAUGGUAUAUGGUCUUUUUAAAGCAAAAUUGGGUGAACAAGGAAAUCUUUCAGAACUGGUUAAUCUCAUCCUAUCUUUUGCUGAUGGAAACAAAGAUGGUAGAGUUUCUUUGCCAGAAGCGAAAUCCACAUGGGCACUUCUGCAGCUAGAUGAGUUUCUGUUAAUGGUUAUCUUGCAGGAUAAAGAACAUACUCCCAAGUUGAUGGGUUUUUGUGGGGAUCUCUAUGUGACUGAAAGAGUUGAAUAUACCUCUCUCUAUGGAAUCAGCCUUCCAUGGAUCAUAGAACUUUUCAUUCCCUCUGGCUUCAGAAGAAGCAUGGACCAAUGGUUUACUCCAUCGUGGCCAAGAAAGGCAAAAAUAGCUAUAGGACUUCUAGAGUUUGUGGAAGAUAUUUUCCAUGGACCUUAUGGAAACUUUCUUAUGUGUGAUACAAGUGCCAAAAACCUGGGAUAUAAUGAUAAAUAUGAUUUGAAAAUGAUGGACAUGAGGAAAAUUGUGCCAGAAAUUAAUUUGAAGGAAAUAAUUAAAGAUCGUCAGUGUCAAUCAGACUUGGACUGUAUUUACGGUACAGACUGUAGAACUCUAUGCGACCAAAGCAAAAUGAGAUGUACCACAGAAGUAAUUCAGCCAAACUUGGCAAAAGCCUGUCAGCUACUUAAAGACUAUCUGCUUCGUGGUGCUCCUUCUGAUAUCCAUGAAGAAUUAGAAAAACAACUGUACUUGUGUAUUGCCCUUAAAGUCACAGCAAAUCAGAUGGAAAUGGAACAUUCUUUAAUACUCAAUAACUUAAAAACUUUACUGUGGAAGAAAAUUUCCCAUACAAACGAUUCCUAGCUUCUCCACCAGCAGAAUAUUGAUGCCUGCCACAAGAGGUGGCCUACCACAUUUGAUAAAAAUGAUCUGCAGCAUUUUUUAAAGACAUUUCUUUACUCAAAUGAAUGGCUCUAACUCUUGCCC